GUUGAAGAAUAUUUGCAUACUACGCUCGCAUCUUGAAGUCUUGAAAAGGACGGAAAUGGCGUAUUAGAGGUCAUGCUUUGCAGCACGGUUCUUCUUUCUUCAUCGUCUUCCCUUCUGCUUACUCUGCAUGUACGGCACAAAGCUACGUACUCGUGCAAUACGUACGCGUAUGAAACCUAUUUAUACGUUCCGUAUUAACGCAUAUAAAGCACACAUUACUUGUAUUCGCGGUCUUACACCUUUAAUAAAUUAUCUCCGCUUUUGCAAUCUCUCCAAAAUUGAAGAAUUCUCGUCGUCGGAGUAUAAUAUACAUAAAUAUUGUAUUUGCCCUUCUCAAUUUUCUUCUUCUUUCUUUCCUCUGCUCAUUAAUGUGAUGUUCCUACGCUUUUUACCGAUUUUCUUUAGUAUCUCUCUGUUAUUAUGAAAUUCUGAGCUUGUUUGUGCAAUAAUCCGUAUGUGAUAUACAAGAGUAAGUGUAUGUAUCUCUCUCUCUCUCAUGCCUGAAUUAACACUUAACAGUACACCUUGGCUUACUUCAGCAUAAUUGGAAGUCUGAACAUUGGCAUUUGAACAUUUCGGCUGAUUUCAAAUAUCUGUUUAUUCUCUCUUCCCACCUUUUGUUCUCUUUUCAUGGUAGUUCUGGGAAAGUAGGGUUUGAGGAACAUCAAUUUAUAACAGUAAGAGAGUUGUAACGGAUCCCAAUCGGGAACAUAGAGGGGUUGGUUGUGUUGUUGUGGAGUGCUUGUUGAAUGUAGCGAGGGCCGUACAUAUGGGGUCCUGCUUUUCUUCUUCAGGAAGCAGGAGCCCUCUCCCUUCUCCCGCCUCUUCGAUUGGGAAGAAGCGGAAGACCUCUAUGAAGAAGCAUUCUUCCUCCUUUCACCAUAGCUGGAAGGAAGACCAGUUGCAUAGGAUUCCAGGGAGAAGGUUUUUGAAUGGCUCUAGUGAGGUGGCCUCCCUCUUUACACAGCAGGGCAGGAAAGGGAAUAACCAGGAUGCAAUGCUCGUUUGGGAGAACUUUGGAUCAAGAAAAGGUGCUGUUUUUUGUGGAAUCUUUGAUGGUCAUGGUCCUUAUGGACAUAUGGUUGCAAAAAGAGUGAGGGAUUCUCUCCCAUUGAAAUUAAGUGCACUCUUGGAAGUCAGUACCAAAAGUGAUGAUGUCCCUAUGGACAUGAGUCUAAGUACAAAAGGGAGCAUAAAUUCUGAGAGUGCUUCCUUUUUAUGUACUGAUGAAGUCAAAGUUCAUACAAGCGGGGAUAUCUUUCAGACACUGAAGGAAUCCUUUUUGACGUCUUUUAGCGUAAUGGAUCUAGAAUUGAAAACUGCGAGUAUUGAUUCCUUUAGCAGUGGGACAACUGCUGUAACUCUUGUGAGACAGGGACAUGAUCUUGUAAUUGGGAAUGUUGGGGACUCUAGAGCCAUAUUGGGUACAAGAGAUAAAGGCAACUCUAUUAUUGCUGUGCAAUUGACUGUUGAUCUCAAGCCUAACCUUCCAGCGGAAGCAGAGAGGAUACAGAAGUGUAAAGGACGCGUAUUUGCUCUUCAUGACGAGCCUGAGGUUACAAGAGUGUGGCUACCGAAUGCAGAUUUUCCAGGCCUUGCCAUGGCACGUGCUUUUGGAGAUUUUUGUCUCAAGGAUUUCGGUCUCAUCUCUGUACCCGAAGUUUCAUACAGACGCUUAACAGCCAAAGAUGAAUUUGUUAUCUUGGCAACAGAUGGGAUAUGGGAUGUGCUAUCUAAUGAAGAGGUGGUAGAAAUAGUGGAUUCAGCGUCAGCACGUUCAUCUGCAGCUAAGGUGGUGGUGGAGGCCGCAAUUCGAUCAUGGAGGAACAAACACCCGGCUUCUAAAGUUGACGACUGUGCUGUUGUCUGCCUUUUCCUUGAUGAUGGUGCUGAUUCUGCCUCCAAUGAAAAGGUCAACGGGGUUCACAACCAUGAGAAAGUUGCGGAAGAGUGGUCGUCUGACAUUCAAGGUGUGUCUCGUUCGGACACGAUAUUGACCUCGCCAAGAGCCUUGCAAGAAAACGGGACGAAACCGCCUUAGGAACCAUGAUGAACAAUCUAUAUAUAUAGUGGGUGACGCUAAGGACCAAAUGUCUGCAUUUACUUUUUUUUGACAAACCAAUUUGAGUUUGUGUUCUUUUACAUAUACAUAUACUACGUAGCACGAAGUAUUAGGGUAUCUGUUGCCAUUGUAUUCUUCUUUUUCUUCUUCUAGGAUUGGUAUUCUAUCUGUAAUAAACUAAUAACCAACUACCAUAUUUUACGUGUAUAUACUACGUAUUUCAUAUUUGUAA